AAUCAUUGUUGGGUCACGCAAUCGUACUAUUCAUAAAGUGACUGAGUGACGCCAGUUCGUCGUCUCAUUUUCACUCUAUUUUCUUCUUGCUGACUUAACCAUCAUUAACUUUGUUUACAAGGUCAAGUUAAGUCACCCAAUGCCGGACGGAGAUUCCUCCACCGCUGCCACCGUUCAACUUCCGAUGGAUACCUCGGGAGACCUAUUCGAUCAUCCACAGUCCCUCAAUCUUACCCUAGUCAACAAUCAUGAAGGCAAACUCAAAAAAGAUCCUACGAUAAUUGCACGAGAGUACCAAUUGGAGUUAUGCAAAAAAGCUAUGGAGGAAAAUGUGAUUGUUUAUUUGGGAACAGGAUGUGGGAAGACGCACAUUGCUGUGUUGCUCAUGCAUGAAAUGAGGCAUUUGAUCAAGAAGCCGAGUAAGGACGUAUGUGUCUUUCUUGCACCUACCGUUGCUCUAGUUCAUCAGCAAGCAAAGGUUAUAUCUGACUCUACUGAUUUUGAAGUUGGAACUUACUGUGGGAGUUCCAAGCGCUCGAAAUCUCGUCAACAUUGGGAGGAGGAGAUUGAACAGUAUGAGGUUCUUGUUAUGACCCCACAAAUAUUACUUCACAACUUAUCUCAUUGUUUCAUGAAGAUGGAGAUGAUCGCACUUUUAAUAUUUGACGAAUGCCAUCAUGCUCAAGUCAAAAGCAGCCAUCCUUAUGCUGAAAUUAUGAAAGUCUUUUACAAAAAUAAUUCCACAAAGGUUCCCCGAAUAUUUGGCAUGACUGCUUCCCCUGUUGUAGGAAGAGGUGGUUCUACUGCAGCAAAUCUACCGAAAAGCAUCAAUAGUCUCGAACAAAUGCUUGAUGCUAAGGUAUACUCAGUUGAAGACACGGCAUUGGAAUCUUUUGUCACCACUCCUGCAGUUCAGAUAUAUCAUUAUAGUUCGACUGCAAAUAUGGAAUCUAACUUGUACUGGAAAAUUGAAGAGAUUAAAUGCCAGUGCAUAGAAACCCUUGGUAGAAGCAUAGAAGAUCACGAGAAACGGAUGAGCACAAAGAAACUUCUCAAUCGGGUGCACGAUAAUGUGGUCUUUUGUCUCGGGAGUCUUGGCAUUUGGGGAGCGUUGCAGGCUAGCCGUAUUCUUUUGAGCGGCGAUCUUUCUGAGAGGCAAGCAUUAGUUGAGGCAGAAGGAAUUUCAAGUGACGAGUCUGUAUGUGAUAAAUAUCUUGCAAAGGUAGCUGAACUACUUACUUCCAAAUGCAUGACAGGUGACAGUGUUUCUGAUCCAUCUUCUUUGGAAAUACUAAAGGAGCCUUUUUUCUCAGCAAAGCUCUUACGCCUCAUUGGGAUACUGACGAGUUUUAGGUUGCAACAGAACAGGAAAUGUAUAAUUUUUGUGAAUAGAAUUGUGACUGCAAGAUCCCUGUCAUACAUACUACAGCAGCUCCAGCUUUUAAGACAAUGGAAAAAUGAUUUUCUUGUAGGAGUCCAUGCGGGAGUGAAGAGUAUGUCACGGAAGACCAUGAACACAAUUGUUGAGAAGUUUCGCUCAGGAGAGUUAAAUCUGUUGGUUGCCACCAAAGUGGGUGAAGAAGGUCUUGAUAUUCAGACAUGUUGCCUUGUCAUACGGUUUGAUCUACCAGAAACCGUUGCAAGUUUUAUACAGUCAAGAGGCCGUGCCCGUAUGCCUCGUUCAGAAUAUGCAUUUUUGGUUGACAGCGGCAAUGAGAAGGAAUUAGCCAUAAUUGAUGGUUUUGAGAAAGAUGAACUUCGAAUGAAUAUGGAAAUUGCUGUCCGAACAUCCAGUGAGACACACAACAUCCCUGUGGAAAAGAUUUUCAGAGUUGAUUCAUCUGGUGCCUCAGUCAGUGCGGGAUACAGUAUCUCGUUGCUUCACCAGUAUUGCUCAAAGCUUCCACAUGAUGAGUUCUUUGAUCCCAAGCCAAGUUUCUUUUACUAUGAUGAUUCAGGGGGAACUGUCUGCCAGAUAACUUUGCCUUCAAAUGCUCCGAUACAUCAAAUUGUGAGCGCGCCACAUUUCUCUAUGGAAGCUUCAAAAAGAGACGCAUGUCUGAAAACAAUUGAAGAACUGUAUAAAUUAGGUUCUUUAAAUGACUGUCUCUUGCCAAAGCAAAGUGAUGCAGAGCCAGAGAAGGAUUUGGGCUCUUCUGAUUCAGAUGAGUGUGAAGAUGACAUUUCAAGAGGAGAAUUAUAUGAGAUGCUAGUUCCUUCUGCCUUUGAACAGUCAUGGAGAAAUGCGGAGAAAACUGUCCGUCUCAACUCCUACUACAUUAAAUUUUGCCCCACUCCGGAGGAUAGGGUCUAUAAAAAGUUUGGCUUGUUUAUCAUGACUCGUCUUCCAAUGGAGGCAGAGAAACUGGAACUUGAUCUUCAUCUUGCUCACGGUAGAUCUGUGAUGACAAAAUUUAUUCCAUUUGGAGUUGUAGAAUUCAACAAUGAUGAGAUUAAGAUGGCGGAGAAUUUUCAAGAAAUGUUCCUCAAAGUUAUUCUUGAUAGAUUAGAAUUUGUUUCUAAUUUUGUAGAAUUGAGUGCUGAAUCUAACACACACACAUCAACCUUCUACCUUUUGCUUCCAGUCAUAUUGAAAGAAUAUGAUGACGUGAUGAAAGUAGAUUGGAAGACAGUGAAGAGAUGCCUUUGUUCACCAAUCUUCAGGCAUCCAGAAGAUACAUUGGAUAAAAAGGUUACCCCUUUGGAUAAUCAUCUGCAACUUGCCAAUGGUUACAAAAGUAUUAGAGAUAUUGAGAAUAGUUUAGUGUAUACUCCACAUACGAAGGUCUUCUUUUUUGUCACAAAUGUUAUUUAUGAAAAGAAUGGAUUCAGCCCUUUUAAAGAUUCUGACACUUCAAGCUACGUGGAUCACUUACAUGAAAAGUUCUCCAUUACUCUCAAAUGCCCCGAACAACCACUUCUACAGGCAAAACCACUCUUCAAUUUGCACAACCUGCUACACAAUCGAAGGCAUGGGGAUGCUGAGCCACUUGAGCUAGAGGAAUACUUUAUUUAUUUGCCUCCUGAGCUAUGCGAGCUGAAAAUAGUAGGCUUUUCAAAGGAUAUUGGUAGUUCAAUAUCUUUGCUACCUUCAAUUAUGCAUCGUCUUGGAAACUUGCUGGUUGCCAUUGAACUGAAGCACCAGCUAUAUUCCUCCUUCUCAGAGGCAGCUGAAAUUAGUGCCCUUAGAGUUCUAGAGGCUCUCACCACCGAGAAGUGUCAGGAGCGUUUUUCCCUUGAAAGACUUGAAGUGCUUGGUGAUGCUUUCCUUAAAUUUGCGGUUGGACGUCAUUUUUUUCUCUUGCAUGACAGCUUUCAUGAAGGAGACCUUACCAGCAAGCGUUCCAAUGUUGUUAAUAACUCCAAUUUGUUCAAGUUGGCUAUUAGGCGCAAUUUGCAGGUUUAUAUAUUUGAUCAGGCAUUUGAUCCCUUCCAAUUCUAUGCAUUUGGCCGUCCUUGCCGAAGAGUUUGUACCGAAGAAACUGAAGACAGCAUACACUUGUGUUUAAAUUCUGGUGAGGAGAAAAGAAGUGUAACUCAACUCCGAUGUAAUAAAAAUCACAAUUGGUUGCACAGGAAAACAAUUGCUGAUGUGGUUGAAGCUCUGGUGGGGGCAUUCAUAGUUGACAGUGGCUUUAAAGCUGCAUUUGCCUUUCUUAAAUGGAUUGGCAUACAAGUAAAUUUUGAAGCCUCACAAGUUGUUAAUAUUUGCACCGGAAGUGUUGACUAUUUUCCUCUUUCUGCUGAAGUAGACAUUCCUUCCCUUGAAGGUAGGUUAGGACAUCACUUUGUUCAUAAGGGUUUGCUUCUCCAGGCAUUUGUACAUCCUUCUUAUAAUAAGCAUGGAGGAGGCUGUUAUCAGAGAUUGGAGUUUCUUGGAGAUGCUGUCUUGGAUUAUUUGAUUACGUCAUAUCUAUACUCAGCUUAUCCCAAACUAAAGCCUGGCCAACUGACGGAUCUGAGAUCAUUGUCUGUCAAUAAUAAGGCAUUUGCCUGUGUAGCAGUAGAUCGUUGUUUUGAUGAAUUUCUUCUAUGUGAUUCAAGUGAUCUGACCAAGGCAAUAAAAAAGUAUGCGGACCAUAUUAGAAGACCUAUAUUAGACAGUGGCAAUAAUGGAGGGCCAAAAAGUCCUAAGGCCCUAGGUGAUUUGGUUGAAUCAUGUAUCGGUGCUGUUCUUCUUGAUUCAGGAUUUGAUUUGAACAAAGUUUGGAAUAUUAUGACUUCGUUCUUGGACCCAAUCAUGAAAUUCUCAUCAAGUUUGCAGCUUAGUCCUGUUAGAGAUUUGCAAGAACUUUGCCAAUCUCAUAAUUUGGAAUUGCAGGUUCUGCCAUCAAAACAUGCUAAAACAUUUUCAGUUGAAGCAAAAGUGAUUGGGGACGGUGUAUGUGAAAAAGUUUAUGCGACCAGCCAAAAUAAAAAAGAAGCUUCUAGAAUCGCUUCACAGCUAUUAUUUUCAAAGUUGACGGCUCAAGGCUUGAAACUGAAGUCAAAAACUUUGGAAGAUGUUAUGAAAUCAACAUUUAAGACGGAACCAAAACUCAUUGGCUAUGAUGAAACUCCCAUUGAUGUAACAGAUACUACCACCAUCGGACAAGUAAUGGUUAAUGGAGACCUGCGGAACAAGGCUAACACAGAAAUCCGCCCUAUCCAGAAGGUAUCUGCUGAUGCAUCCUCCUCGUAUGUGAAACCUGUUGCCCAGCGGCUUCAAUCUUCUCCUAAGGGAAAGCUUAGCGAAACCAUUCGAAAUCGUGAUUGUGUUAGUGACUCAUCGAAGACAGCAAAAUCGCGAUUGUAUGAAAUAUGUCAAUCUUAUUGCUGGAAAGCUCCUUCAUUUGAAUGCUGCAAGGAAGAGGGACCAGACCACCUUAAGUUAUUCACUUUCAAAGCGACGAUGAAGAUAGAAGAGGCUCCAGAUACGGUUUUUGAGUUUAUCGGGGAACCCUUGCCAAAGAAGAAAGAUGCAGCAAAUAGUGCAGCUGAGGGUGCAUUAUGGUACCUGCAAAAGGCAGGUUAUCUGCAUAAUGCUGAUGGUAAUUGACACACUCCUAACAAUUAUAUAUCAUGUAGCAUAAUCCGAAACAGUUCGGUAUAUGAGAAUCCAUUGAAGGCCGCAAGAGUCCCAGAAUGGAAAUAUGUUGUAUGAUAAUGUUUCUGUCGUAGUGUCUAUACCUUCGCUUAAUUGUUAUUUACAUUUUCUAUAAACAAUGUAUGACGGUGCGUAAGUAAUUUUGGUUUGAUAUUAAACCGAAUAUACUAUAGUUACAAAUUUACAAUAAAUAUUUACAAACUAAAGAAAAUAAAUGAAUUUUUGAUUUGUCUC